AUGUCGCCAACCGCCGUUCCCUAUACCGUUACCUACCGCUGCCCUGGGACAGAGCCUCCCGUGUUCCUGGCCGGGAACUUUACGGCCUUGGAGUGGGGUCUCCAGGAGAUGGGCUCUCGCCAGGAAGGAGGUGAAUAUGUUUUCGAGUCGCGGGUUUUCAUUGAGCCUGGGAGGGAGUAUCAUUUCAAGUUCAAGGCCGGGAGAGAGGGCCCCUGGCUCUUGGACGAGAAUAGGGCAACCGCUACCGACGAGUCAGGCAACCGCAACAACGUGUUGACACUGCCCAAGACUUACGUAUCCAAGAUCAAGGACGAUGAAGGAAGAAGGACUUCAACUCCUAUUGAGCAGGUUGCUUCGGUUGCAGCCGAGGUUGCGGACGUAGCCUCAAAGCUCGACAAGGACGACACGUCGUCGCCUCGGAUUAGCGGGUCUGGUGGUGAGAGCGAAAUUGACGAAGACCUCAAGACCCCAUUAUUUGCACACGAGUGUUUUGGCGCAUACGAAUUUGUCGACGAUGCUUUGGAUCAUGACGCCCUUGAUGACAGUAAACUCCACCAGGAUUCGAAGCCCAAGCUCCCCGAGUACGACAUAGAUGAUGUGGACAUGAACGACCCUACUAUCGAGCAGUUUCCGUCAGACAAGUCUUCCAUUUUCAGUACUUUACGCAAAAUCCAAUCCAGCCUAAGCGAGGACCAAGCCGUCAUUGAUGAUCAACAGCCAUCGCCUCGAUUGGACGCGAGAAGAUCAAGCGUGGACUCGGAUGACAGUCUCUUGUCAGCAGGGUCCCUCAGUCCAGUCAGUGCUAGAAAACGAGAGAACCGAAUGUCAACUAGCAGCGGUCGAAACAGGUCUCUGGUGUCACUUGGAUCUAUUGCUGAAGAGCCCAAGACUCCCGGUCCCGAGGAUGCCUCCCACCCGAUGGCCACGUCCAGCUACCUCAAGAAGGACACUGGCCGUGCGAAGAGCCCCACAAUCGAGCAAGGCGAACACCUUAUGAUGAAAUGA